ACAAAAUUCCAUUUGCCUUCCUAAUUACUUGUUGUACCUGCAAACCUACCUUCUGUGAUUCAGCACUGGACCCACACACCUCCAACAGCCGGGCGAGGUGAUAUUCGAAGGGUUGGGUAGGCAGGAUGCUAAUUUUUUUUAUUUACACACUCCUUCUGCUGUUUAGAGGGGCUCAUCUGAGAUGCUCCAAAUCCCUCCCUGAUGCAGGGUUUUGUGCAGAGAUUUUUUUUGCGUGCAUGGGGACGCUGCAUUGUACCGUGUCCUGUGGCCUCCUAUCCACCACACGUUUGCAGUUAGGAACAUGUUUCUGACACUCCCUGACCAGGGCCUCUAUCCUGGUCAUCUCGACUCGGGAGAGGACGCUGGUGUCGGAGCGUCUAUCCUCUCUGUGCAUUUGGUGAUGAUUCUUGGCGUUUUGCAGUGUGUCUGAUGAGUGCAGGAGGGCUGUAGUACAUAACGCUGUCACCACGCCAGAGUCUUGAUCUGAAAUAUUAACUGUUCCCAAGUAAAUCUCUUCAGUUUGCAGACAGAAUGCAGCCAAGAUCUGUGCCUGGGACUUUGAGCGGUUUGUCAGGGUGGGUGCUAUGUUGGGGGACCCUCUGUCUCAAACCUGUGAGCUUCUGCUCCCAAAACAAAGUCUGUUUUCACUUCUGCCUUGGCUGUGUUUUCUCCCUCUGCGCGCUACUCCCCACCUUCGGACAACUGCUGCCCCGGGGCUUUUAUUUUAAUCCCUGACCCCAUUGCAUCAAGAGAGCUUCGCUAAAGGGCACAGGGUCUGCAGGAAGGGCACAGGGAUGUUGAGUGCAGUGAGCAGGUUGGUACCAAGCUGCUUGUCCCGGGGUGGCCGAGGGAAUCUGUAGUGCACCAUCACCAUCUGCUGGUGUUCGGCGGAACUGCAGCAGCAACGCACCGGCCUGUAACAGCAUGGUGACGGAAACUGACACAUGGAUGUCCUCCACCACCGUCCCCUCGCCUCUCCUCCACCCUCACCGAGAUGAAGGGUUUUGCAGCACCCUUCCUGCAGCGUGACCGCUCCUUUUAAAUGCAAGUGACGCCUUCACGAUACCCGCUGGAGACACCGCAGCAAUCAAACCAAGUGAUGAGUUGGAUGGAUGUGUACUGGCAUUCGGUCUGUCAAACACGUGAGACUCUGAUCGCCAUCAGUGGAGAAUAUCCCAACGAGGUCGAAUACAUCUUUGUCCCGUCGUGUGUUCUGCUCACUCGCUGCUCUGGCUGCUGUAACGAUGAGAAGCUGCAGUGUGUCCCCACAGUCACCGAUACCAUCCUCAUGCAGAUUUUAAAAGUUAAACAUCAAACGUCCAACCUGGUAGAAAUGUCUUUUACUCAGCACAGACGCUGUGAGUGCAGGUAAGGGGAGCAAGUAUUAGACUCCGGGAAUGC